ACUUCUUUUGCCUCCUGCAGCACAGUAUAUUUUCACUGGCUGGCUGCUGUUGCAAACAGACGUGCCAAUCAUUGAGAACCAUUGAAGAAGCAUGGAGACUCACGCAAAUUCGCAGCCACGCCCGCGCAAGCGCCAGCGCACUCGCGUCGGAGUCUCGGAUAACGGAAAUACAGCGAAUCCAGGCGGUGCUAUCGCCCAAAACUGGCCGGGACCCGCGCUCGCCCACUCCCACUCUCAGACCGUGCGCGUCCAUGGUGACACAGUACAAGGCCAACCUCCAGGCUUUCCAUCGCAGCAGCUCGACCGAUCGCACCAGGUUGCCGAGCCGGACGCGUUGAUGAACGGCUACACCACCCAGCAGCACACGCAGUACCCGGAUCCGCCGACGUCGCUGGCCGCCACCUCGCAGCCCGACCCAUCUGGCCUCAACAACCUCAAUACCCUCGCCGGCGACAACAGUGGCGUCGCGAACCCGCACCAACACGCGCACCAGCAGCAACAACACGCGCACCAGCAACAGCAGCAGCAACAGCAUCUCCAGCACCCGCACCCACACCCGCACCACCCCCAGCAGGGCGCUUCCGCCGGCGCCGGCACCACCAAGGCCGACCGCGUCAUAUUCCAGCAGUACGGCAACAGCCCUUCCGGCAACGCCACCUCUCCCACCACCGUGGCGAGCUCUACCUCCAACCCCGCCUACAACCUCCCGGUGUGGCAGGUGACCGGCCCGACGCCGUCCUCGACGGCGAUGCCGCCGCAGUCGCCUGCGCCCGGGCUGGCGCCCCCUCCCGAGGGCAUAUUCCGCUCCUUUGAGGACCUACUCGCGUCGGUCCAGCGCGUUGCCAAGGACCAGGGCUACGGCAUUGUCAAGCUGCGCGCAAGCAACUACCGCGAUGGCAAGCCAACGCGCUACGACCUCGUGUGCGAUCGUGGCGGCGUCAAGUACAGCAGCACUGCCAAGAAGCGCAACCCGAGCACGCGUAAGGUCGACUGCCCCUGGCGUGCUAAGGCUGUCUGCGAGGUAAACCUCGGCAAUCAGUGGCGCUUCGCUGUGCAAGAGGGCCGGCAUAAUCACGAGCCGCGCAUCCCGGCCGCCGUACCCGGGCAGGAGAACACACCCGUCGCCCAAAGCAUCCGCAGCUUCACAAACAAGAUCGACCGCAUAUCUCACGACAUGACGCAAGGGUUCACCCGCAUGGAGGCCAUGCUCAACCAGAGGUUCGACACUAUCGAAAAACGCAUCGAGGUGCUGGAAGGCGGGCGGCCUUCGAUGCUGAGCGGAAAUGGCGUGUCGGCCAUGGGCGCUCAAAGCAUGCCCGCCGCCAAUAUGGGCGGCGGCAACCUCGGCAGCGGCCCUCUGACAAACGGAGGAAUGGGAGCCGGCACCAUCGUCGACAACCGCUUAAGCAACAUCGAAGCUAGGGUCAACGCAAUGGAGCAGCGCGGGCACGGCAUGGAAGGCUUGCCUAUGAUGGACGACGGUUCAGACCGGCUAAUGAUGGUGAGCUCCUAGUGCGAGCCUCACGAUUACCAAAGCCAAAAGUCUGCAUCGCCAUGCUCGGACGCCACAGCAUAGGAGCCUGCGUCUUCGCCGUCGCUUCCUUACCAUCCUGGCUCACUUUAUUCCCCUACGCUCUGCAUUGGCAAGUGUCAGAGUGGCAACACUACCCACCCGCGCACCCCCUCCCCUAAGCGAUGCCAACCAAUCACCCUUGCUCGCGAGGCAAGAAACAAACGCACAUGUUCUCAUUGAUUCCCUUUUUGUAAUGUAUAGGUAAUUUU